AUGAAGGUGCACGAGACGAGAUCUCACGCGCACAUGUCUGGAGACGAACAGAAGAAGGGAAAUUUACGGAAGCAUAAGGCAGAAGGGAAGCUUCCAGAAGCUGAACAGUCUCAGAAGAAAGCAAAGUCAGAAAACGACAACGGCGCUGGAGAUGCUGCGUCGGAGUACAGUGAGUUUUGUAAAGCGGUUGAGGAGAAUCUGUCCGCUGAUCAGAUUAAAGAAGUUCUUGAAACCAACGGUCAGGAUUCUUCUGCUCCGGAAGAGAUCUUGCUAGCUCAAUGCCAAGAUUUGCUGUUUUAUGGGGCUUUAGCCAAAUGUCCUUUAUGCGGAGGUAAUUUAAUUUGCGACAAUGAUAAGAGAUUCAUAUGUGGAGGUGAGAUUAGUGAGUGGUGCAGUUGCGUGUUUAGCACUAAACAUCCUCCUAGGCAAGAUGAGCCAAUCAAACUCCCUGAUUCCGUCAUGAACUCUGCUAUAUCUGAUUUGAUCAAGAAACAUCAGGACCCGAAAAGUCGACCUAAAAGAGAGUUAAGCUCUGAUAAACCAUUCACGGGAAUGAUGAUCUCUCUCAUGGGACGACUGACGAGAACACAUCAAUAUUGGAAGAAAAAGAUUGAGAGACACGGUGGGAAAGUUUCGAAUUCUGUUCAAGGUGUAACCUGUUUGGUGGUCUCACCGGCUGAGAGAGAACGAGGUGGUUCCUCGAAACUUGUGGAAGCAAUGGAACAAGGAAUACCAGUUGUGAGCGAAGCGUGGUUGGUUGAUAGCGUGGAGAAACAAGAAGCUCAGCCACUUGAAGCUUACGACGUGGUCAGUGAUCUUUCAGUGGAAGGGAAAGGGAUUCCAUGGGAUAAGCAAGAUCCAAGCGAGGAAGCAAUUGAAUCCUUAUCAGCCGAGCUAAAAAUGUAUGGCAAAAGAGGAGUCUACAAGGACACAAAGCUUCAGGAGAGUGGUGGAAAGAUAUUUGAAAAAGAUGGGCUUUUGUAUAACUGCGCCUUCUCUCUAUGCGAUUUGGGAAAAGGGCGUAAUGAGUAUUGUAUUAUGCAGCUAGUUACGGUGCCUGAGAGCAACCUCAAUAUGUACUUCAAGAGAGGAAAAGUAGGAGAUGAUCCUAAUGCGGAAGAGCGGCUUGAGGAGUGGGAGGAUGAAGAAGCUGCGAUCGAAGAGUUCGCGAGGCUCUUUGAAGAGAUAACAGGGAAUGAGUUCGAGCCAUGGGAGCGUGAGAAGAAGAUUGAGAAGAAACCUCACAAGUUUUUCCCAAUUGAUAUGGAUGAUGGAAUCGAAGUGAGAAGUGGAGCGCUUGGUCUAAGGCAGCUCGGUGUUGCUUCUGCUCAUUGCAAGCUUGAUCCGUUUGUUGCAAACUUUGUUAAAGUUCUGUGUGGUCAAGAGAUAUACAAAUACGCAUUGAUGGAGCUUGGUUUGGAUCCACCUGAUCUGCCUAUAGGAAUGCUAACCGAUUUACACUUGAAACGAUGCGAGGAGGUACUUCUGGAGUUCGUUGAGAAGCUCAAGACAACAAAGGAGACGGGUCAGAAAGCUGAAGCAAUGUGGGCUGAUUUUAGCUCACGGUGGUUCUCUUUGAUGCACAGCACUAGGCCGAUGCGAUUGCACGACUUCCAUGAACUUGCGGACCAUGCGGCGUCUACUUUUGAGACCGUGAGGGACAUAAACACAGCCUCUCGUUUGAUAGGGGACAUGCGAGGAGACACACUCGAUGACCCAUUGUCUGAUCGGUACAAUAAACUUGGCUGCAAGAUUUCUGUGGUAGACAAAGAGUCUGAAGAUUAUAAGAUGAUCGUGAAGUACCUCGAGACUACUUAUGAGCCUGUGAAAGUCUCUGACGUUGAGUAUAGUGCGACAGUGGUGAAUGUUUUUGCGGUUGAAUCAGAGGCAAUUCCUACACUAGAUGACAUCAAGAACUUACCGAACAAGGUUCUUUUGUGGUGUGGGUCUCGGAGCUCGAAUCUGUUGAGACAUAUCUACAAAGGGUUCUUGCCUGCGGUCUGCUCUCUUCCGGUUCCUGGUUAUAUGUUUGGAAAAGCUAUAGUGUGUUCAGAUGCAGCUGCGGAAGCAGCAAGGUAUGGUUUCACAGCUGUGGAUAGACCGGAAGGGUUUCUUGUGUUAGCCGUUGCUUCCCUUGGCGAGGAAGUUACAGAAUUCACAAAUCCACCGGAGGACACAAAGACAUUAGAAGAGAGGAAGGUUGGAGUUAAAGGGCUAGGGAGGAAAAAGACUGAAGAAUCGGAGCAUUUCAUCUGGAGAGAUGAUAUAAAGGUUCCUUGUGGACGAUUGGUUCCUUCAGAACAUAAGGACAGUCCUCUCGAGUAUAACGAGUACGCUGUGUACGAUCCCAAACAGACGAGUAUAAAGUUUUUAGUGGAAGUGAAGUACGAAGAGAAGGGUACGGAGAUAAUCGAUGUUGAACCAGAAUAG